AUGACCUCCACUGAAGAUGCCAGUCCUAGUGUGGGCACUUCUGAAAUUAAUUUUGUCGAAGUCAAGUUGGAUAAGGAACAAGCAGAUUCCAAAUUUGACAAUGCUGCCAAAAACGGUCGAAUGUCUGUCUUUUGCAAAAAAUGCUGCCUCUGUUUUGAUUCAAUUACGACAUCCAAGAAUCCAUUACCUGAAAACCCAUCAAUCUGCCAGAGGAUCAGAUACACCUUUUUAUGUCCACCCCAUGGGAUUAUAGGUUCUUAUAUCACGACUAUUUUCAUUUUUGCCAUUCUCUACGCUGUUUUCUGGUCUCUGCUUGGGGAAUCUGCAUUGCCGCGCUCAAAUAUCUUUGGAUUAUGGGUUCUUUUUAUUUGUUGUAUCAUCGGUGGAUACAUCGUACAGUUUAUUAAACUACCUCCAUUGCUUGGUAUGCUUAUUGUGGGAAUAAUAUUGAAGAAUGUCCCAUACAUUGAUAUUGGCCAGGACAUUGAUCCAACAUGGUCAGGUAUUCUCAGGAAUACGGCACUGACGGUGAUCCUGAUUCGUGCUGGUUUGGGACUUGAUCCAGAGGCACUGAAAAAGCUGUCCUUUGCGGUUGUGCGUUUGGCUUUUUCCCCUUGCCUCACAGAGACAGUUGUAGCUGCUAUCGUUUCUCAUUUCUUACUCGGACUCCCAUGGAUUUGGGGAUUCAUGCUUGGGUUUGUGAUUGCUGCUGUGUCUCCAGCUGUAGUUGUACCAUGUCUUUUGCAUUUACAAGAUUGGGGUUACGGCAUCGAUAAAGGCAUCCCUACUUUGGUCAUUGCCGCAGCUAGUAUUGAUGAUGUUCUUGCUAUCACAGGAUUUGGAGUUGUAUUGGGAAUAGCAUUUGCAGAAGGAAAUAUUGUUUGGUCCAUCUUUAAGGGACCUCUGGAAGCUUUGCUGGGUAUUGUGCUUGGAGCUAUCUUUGGGGUCUUUCUAUGGUAUAUUCCUGCAGUAAAACAAAAAAACAGAUUAUUUCAAAGAGGUUUCAUCUUAUUUGCUGUUGGAUUAGUGGGAGUUCUUGGUUGUCCACGUUUGGAAAUUCCUGGCACUGGUCCACUUCUCUGUCUGACUGUAGCAUUUGUAGCUGCUGUUGGUUGGCGAAGACAGAAUGAUGUUGAAAGCCUUAAUACCAUAAUGAAUGCCACGGCCAUUUUAUGGCUCAUCUUUGAACCUCUUCUAUUUGGCUUAAUUGGUACAGAAGUCGACGUCAGUAAACUUAACGGAGAAACAAUUGGCUAUGGAAUUGCAACGCUGGUUGUUGGUCUAUCUUUUAGAACCAUAGUGGCGUUUUUUGCAGUUUUUAGAACAAACUUGAAUCUGAAAGAGAAAUUUUUUGUUGGUCUUGCCUGGUUACCAAAAGCAACAGUUCAGGCUGCCAUUGGCUCAGUGGCUUUAUCAACUGCACGUGACAAAAAGAAACCGGUUUUUGAAAGAUAUGGACUAACGAUUCUUGAAGUGGCUGUCCUGGUCAUUUUGAUAACCGCUCCCAUUGGUGCUGCAUUGGUGAUGCUCACAGGUCCAAGAUUACUGAACAGAACGGAUCCUUCCUCACCAACCCAUGAAAAAAUCCAUCAAGACGAACAACAAGAAAUGGAAGUUCAAACUGCAACAGAAUCUAUAAACACGUCUCUGUGA